GCUGUGAGUUCCAGUCGGAUGGUUUUGUGAGCGAACAGGAAGCAAAAAUUCCCCUGCGUUUAAAUACCUACAAAUACCAAAGUGUUUAAAAAGAGGAGACACUGGCAGCACUGGAGUGAUGUCGGUGUGAUGAUACGUGAUUAAAGCUGCUGCUGCUGCUGCUGAUGGUCGGGUCGUCACGUAUUGCACGUAGCGGAUUGGAAAUGAGGAAAUAACCAGGAAGCUGACAGCAGAUCACCUCCUCCUCACAGCUGCUGCUGCUGCUGCUUUCAUUCACACGUAGCUACAGAGAGAAGCUGCAGUUUGUCAAGCAGAGGUCCGUGGAAACAAGAAGGGUCGUCAUGAAACUGGUGGUCAUCGUCCCCCUCCUCCUUCUCCUCGAGGUGUCCGGAUACGCAGAGUGCAGGUGUUUCUGUCAGGUGACAGGCGACCUGGAUGACUGCACGUGUGAUGUGGAGACCAUCGACCGCUUCAACAAUGACCAGCUGUUCCCAAAACUCCAGAGUCUUCUUGAGUCUGAUUACUUUAGGUUCUACAAGGUGAAUCUGAAUAAACCGUGUCCUUUCUGGACUGCCAGCAAUGAGUGUGGUCUGAGGGACUGUGCUGUGCAGCCCUGCUCUCCUAACGAGGUGCCCGAGGGGCUCCGAUCCGCUCCCCACAACAAGUAUUCAGCAGAAGUGAACGAGCAGCAGGAUGAGUGUGAGAAGGCGAAGCAUCUGGGAGCUGUAGAUGUCUCAUUAAGCGCUGAGACCAGAGAGGCUCUGCUCGACUGGAACAAAUAUGACGACGAAGCAGAACGCUUCUGCGUGGUUGACGAUGAAGAGUCACCAGACUCCCAGUAUGUCGACUUGCUGCUGAAUCCAGAACGCUUCACAGGCUACAAAGGACCAGAGGCCUGGCAGAUCUGGAACAGCAUCUAUGAGGAGAACUGUUUCAAACCAUAUACUAUCAAACGACCACUAAAUCCCACCUCAUUCCAGAGCAGCCCAGGAAGUGAAGCGAGGACCUUCUACAGCUGGCUGGAAGGCCAGUGUGUGGAGAAAAGGGCUUUUUUCCGGCUUGUCUCAGGUCUGCACGCCAGCAUUAACGUACACCUGAGUGCCAGAUAUCUGCUGGAUGACAGCUGGUUUCAGAAGAAGUGGGGUCACAAUGUGUCGGAGUUCAGACAGCGUUUUGAUUCGGAGCUGACGGUCGGCGAAGGGCCCAAGAGGCUCCGCAACCUUUACUUCCUUUACCUGAUAGAGCUGCGAGCACUGGCUAAAGUUCUGCCGUUCUUCCAGCAGUCAUCCUUCCAGCUGUACACGGGCAGACCCGAGGAGGACCAGAAACACAAGGAGCAGCUGCUGGACAUCCUGCAGCUGGCCAGAUCUUUCCCUUUGCACUUUGAUGAGGCUUCUCUGUUUGCUGGGGAUGAAAAGGAAGCAGCCAAACUGAAGGAGGAUAUCAGACUGGCCUUCCUCAACAUCUCCAGGAUCAUGGACUGUGUUGGGUGCUUUAAGUGUCGCCUGUGGGGGAAACUGCAGACCCAGGGAUUAGGCACAGCCUUGAAGAUUUUGUUUUCAGAGCGACAGAUUGAAGCUCUGCCCAAAUCCAGUAACCAGCGACCCAGUUUCCAGCUCAGCCGGCAGGAGAUCGUCUCCCUGUUCAAUGCCUUCGGAAGGAUUUCCACGAGCGUCAGGGAGCUGAAGAACUUCAGAGUGCUGUUAGCAGAGGAGCAGUGAGGACAUCCAGAGGAGUCUGCCUUCACCUGUUGACUCCUCUCUGAUGGGGCUUUAUUUCAACAUGUGCACUUUUGUGGUCCCAGGCCACUGACUGCCAUCUUUCCUACUGUCUUAAACCUGCUGAAAUGUCGACUGAAAGAUCAGCUUUAAUCAGCCAAGUGUUUAUUUUUCCUUAAAAUAAUGCAUUGCUUUCUUUUGAAUUAAACUAAAGUCAUAUUUAAAAAAACAAAAAACAAAAUGACACUUUGUGGCAUGGUUUAAUGUUCUUUCAAGUGGUAUCAUUUUUUUUGCUGAUGGAGAAACGUGCUUGUCUAUUUUCAAAUGCGCUUUGAUCAAUGAAAUCACUUCAGUUGCUGUUUGGGAGCUGACUGCUAAGAAUUCUGUCUCACCUGUUCACACCUGUGUUGUUGGGAUUAUGCUUUGCUCCUGAGGAUGGCGCUGUUUGUCAAGAAAAUAGAUGAGAAACGUCAAAUCUAAAUUGAAUGCGGGCAACAAAUAUGCAGUAUGUCGAAAGGAAAACUAUACAGGAAUGGACACCAACGUUUAAAAUUCAUUAUCACACUGAUUCUCGUAACAGCCAUCCUCUGUUUUCAGAGUCGCAGGUUUUCAGGUGCGUGUCCAGAAGUUAUAAUGAAACCUGUUUCCACCUGGGAGGAAGGUUUUGUAAACCAUUCAGCACAGAUCCCCAAAAUAUUUAUAUGCUGUUGGUAAUAUUCCGAUUGUACAUUGUAUUUGUGUAUAAGUUUGGAGAUUUAAAAUUUAAAAUGUAUAUAUAAAAGUCAUUUUAUGAAAAUGUAAACGGUAAUAAAAUUUUAAAAUUAU